GCAAAAAGUUCAAAUAUUUUACACAAAAUACAGCUUUCUAGAAAUGUCCAAUUUUUUACUCUCCAUGAUGUUUUAUGACUAUCAGUUGACUGUCCAAAUGAAGACGUGUGAAACUAAAGAUGACAGUACAAGAAACAGUGUGGCUUUUCCAUUUUACCAUAUUUAGCAAAAAUAAAAUCAAGAGACACAUGCUAUGGUUUAGGUAUGAUUUGUCCACACCAAAACCCAUGUUGAGAUUUGAUUCCCAAUGUACCAUACUGAGAGAUGAGGGCUUUAAGAGGCAUUAGGAUCAUGAGGGAAUUCACUGUCAUGAAGAAAUCAAUAUAGUUUCCUCAAGAGAAGGUAAGUUAUAUCAAGACUGGUUGUUAUAAAGCAAGCCUGGGACUUCCCCUGGGACUCUACUGCAUGUGACCCUUUUGCAGGUACCCAUUUCCUGACCCUUUUGCAGGUACCCAUUUCCCCUUCAUGCUUCUCCACCAUGAUAUGAGGUAGUAUGGGGCCUUUACCAGAAGAAACAUGCCCUUGGACUUGUAGAAUGUUUAGCCAAAAUAAACCUUUUUAGAUUAUCCAGUUUCAGGUAUUCUAUUAUAACAACAGAAAACCAACUAUGAUAGCAUAUUAUAAAAGUGCACAAUUUUAAAGCGCUUUCAACUUCCAGCCAUCCUGAGUUUGAUUUAAUAUGAUAUUCAAGACUGGGCUUUUCUGAAAUGUUGCUUUACUUUUUGUUGUUGUUGUUUAAAGCACUUUGCUUAAUUUCUUCAUUCUAAAAACAUAGUUAUUUUAAAAAAACCAAACAAACAUAACCAUAGGACUAGGGAUGUGACUGAAGUGGUAGAGUUCUUGCUUAACAAACUCAAGGCCCUGAGUUCAAAAACCCAGUUGUCUCCCUACACCCCAUCAAAAAUCAACCCCAAAACUAUAACCAUUGAAAUUAAAAUAUUUUAACUUAAGGACUUUUUUCCACAGCACAGAUAAGCAUACAUAAAUACCUCCACAUUAUCUCCAGGGACUGCGAACUGGAUAAGGAACAUCUACAAGUCAAUCUCUAGCACUUGCUAGUCAAGUGUCUCUGACACAUAAUCCGUGUUCAGUGAAGAAUAAAUGAAAAUGUCCCCAAGUCAUAAGCAAAGGUAGUGGAACGAAUAAGAUUCUGUUGAUACAUACUGUACCUUCAAUUCACUCAGAAAAGAAAAUAGGGCAGCCAAACCGAGCUGCUAUCAGUAAUCACACCAUAAGUGCCUUGCCUUUACUGUCUGACACUGAUAGCACUACUAAAAUAUUUGAUUUAUUAAGUCUCACUGUGUCCACAGGGAAAUUAAUACAAUGUACAACAAUGAAGCAAAAAUAGAAGUAUAGGGAGAUGAGAUCGCAAAAACUAUUUGCCUGGGCUGGCCUUAAACCUGAUCCUCCUGAUCUCAGCCUCCCAAGAAGUUAGGAUUUCAGGCAUGAUGCAGGGACACCCAGCUUAGCAUCAAGAAAUUUUGUUGGGCAUCAGUGUAAUCCUAGCAGAGAUCAGGAGGAUUGCAGUUUGAAGCCAGCCUGGGCAAAUACUUCGUAAGACCCCGUCUAGAAAAGACCCAACACAAAACAAGGCUAGUGGAGUGUCUCAAGUAGUAGAGCAACUGUCUAGCAAGUAUGAGGCCCCGACUUCAAAUCCUAGUAAUAUAUAUAAUGAGUUAUCAAAGCAUUUUGAAGACUUAAGGAAAUUAAUCCAAAGGCUUAAAAUGCCAGUAAAUUUUUUGCCUCAAAGUAGGAUUGUUACAAUUUUUUUUAAAAAAAACCUACUUACAUUUCUUGUAUUAAGUGGAAAUCAGGAAAAGAACAAGGUGGGCAAAUAUUAGUCAAGAUACAACCUGCCAGCCACCCAUGUGUUACUGCAGAACCAAUUCAUGUGCAGUAUAGGCAGGUGUCCUUGACACUACUGUCAGUUAAUUGACUUUUGCUUAAUUGACUACAUGUUGCAGUAGUGGCCUCAGCUUCUGCAGUUUUACUUGUGUGGCACUGACACGGCUAAAAGCAGAAUCACACCCUUCAUAAUCACUGCCAUGGUACCAGAACUUCAAAGAGUAUGUCAAAUUGUAGCAAAGACCUCAUAUGGUCUGAAAAAGGCAAAUUAAGAAAGCAGCAUAAUUAUUUUACUUGCUAGUCUCCAAAGUGAUUACUUUGGUACACAAGACAAUUUGUGUGACAUGUUUUUAUUGCAAUCUUUAAGCAAUAAAACAUCUAUAAAAUAAAAUUUGAAUCACAGCUUUGUGGAACUUCUAAAGCAUAUCUGUAGAAUGACUCAAAAUCACCAGUAUAGAAUCCUGAUUCCACUUAGCAUAUAGAAAGGUGGAAAGAGUCACACCCUAAAAAGAAGCUACUAAAGACAAUGUAAAAAUGUAACUUUUCUUAAGCCCUGAGUUAUGAGAACAAAUUGUCUAAAAUCCAAGGUCCUUCUAAGAAAAUAUGGUACCUGAAGACCCACUUUCCUGUGGCAGAGCAUAAAGAAAGACACCAGGUGCUACUAGCAGUUUAAAAGGAUUCUUGUAGAAAUUCAAGGAGUUUCCAAAGGAUGAUUGUAGGUUAGAAUGAGUACAGAACUCCUGAGAACUGCAAUCACAAAGGGAGUUCAAGCUGAACAGAUUUUCUUCAUGGACCUACUUCAAGUGCUCAUGAGAAAGACUGAGGGCAGAAAUGCUUUCUAAAAAAUAGACAUUAAAUCACAGACCCAAGAAACCCACAGUGGGAUUAAUAACAGCAAAAUCAUAUCAUAUUUUAAUUAAAGAAACUAAAAAUAAUGAGGAAAUCUUGAAGGUAGUCAAGUAAAAAGACACAGAGAAUAAAGUUAAGAAUUAAAUAGCAAAGGUCUUGUUGCAAAUCAUCUAAUCAAGAAGACAAUAAAGUGAAAUCUUUAAAGAGCUAAAAGGAAAACCACUAGAUUAGACUGCUAGUUACAGUUCAGGUCAGCAUAGGUUUUAUGAGCAGUUUGGCUGCAGGUCUCUUGUGGGGUUACCGUUCCUAAAUUCACUAGGUCUAUAUAUUUGUUUUGGAUACAGUUUAAUGAUUUACCUUAAACAUCAACAAAAACAGACACUGCCAUUCAAUUCUAUCUUUGUACGAAGGGUUUCUGUAUGACUGCAUAGUUAUAAGCAGGAAAGAGUAGUGUACCUAGGCCAAAGUAUACUUUUGCUCUCUUCAAAUAGAUUAAUAUCAACACACAUUGAUGUAGCCUUACUAUGCUCUACUUUCUAAGUGCUUAAUACCUAUUAAAAGAUACACUAUUACUGUUUGCUUACUAGCCCAAAGAAAAUACAUGCAGAAAUAGAUGCUAUUGAUUCUUUUAAGCUUUCUUUUACAAUUCAUUACAUUUUUGACUUCCACAUUUGAACAAGAAAGUCAUUUUUUGGAAUGACCAUGGCAUGAAUAUCUACUCAAGACCCUUUCCUAGGCUACUAUGUCUAAAAUAGAAUCCUUUCUCUCCAUGUUUCCCAAGACUAUGGGUACUUCCUAUUUAUUGUUCCCCUAGUGUCAUCUUCAUAGGACUUAUUACCACAUGACAGAUAAAUAACCCGUUUUUUUUCUGUCUAUUGUCUAGAAUGUAUGACAAUUGGGACUUUGUCUCUCUUGGUCACUGCCAUAUCUCCAGCACUUAGACUAGUUCUUAAAGCCAGAGGAAUUGAUUAUGGAUUUAUUGAAUAGAGAAAUUCCAUUCACUUGAGGAAUCUGGCAGACUGGGGUAGAGAAGAGCAGAAGCAGGUAGAAUUUAAUACCUGCCACAUGAAAGUACUUCACUGAACUUAUUGUAGAUCAGUUAAGAUAUUCAGCAUAGUCAUUCGAACAUUAGCAAACACAAAAUAUUAUUGAUUACAAUUAUUAUUGUUCUUAUCUCAUGAACUUGUCUUAACAGACCUGUUUAUAUGAUACUAUUUCCUACUUUUGCAAAUUCUAAAAGGCCAAAUGACAUGCCCAUGUUUACAGAGUUAGUAAAUGGUAGAGAAGAAUCCAUCCUGCUAUGGCAGACAAUAGAGCCUAUGCCAAGGGUAGGCCAGAGAAUGUUGAAAUGUUCACUAUCUCCUUGAAGCUCACUUCACCCAUUCAUUAUUAUGUCACUUUGCCUACUGAGAGCUAAACUAUUAUGUUUAGUUAAAUAAAACUGAAUGAACUUUAAUUACAUGUCAUAAAAUGAUAGGCUUUCCCCUACAAAUCUGGAUUUUUAUUCUUUCUUUUUAACUUGUUGACUUGGUAACAAUAGCCUCAAAGUCAACAAGGUAAAAAAUGGGCUCUACUAAAAUUACAAAAGAAAUAUCCUGUUCUUCCAAACUACAAUAAAUCAACCUGUGCUUGAAAGCACAAAUGGUAUAUACUGGCACUAAACUCAGCUAAGAUAAAAAUGGCAAGUUCUUCAAUGACAAACUGUGCAUUCCAUAUUAUCCAAUAGAAAUAUUCAUAUUGUUCAAUACUUACAAGCAAUUAGAAGGAUUUAGUUUAACUUUCAAAUUAAAGGCUACUAAAAUGGACUGUUCUCAAUCUGUCUCUGAAAAAUACUGAGAGAAACCUCUUGGUCUAAGACUUGCAAGGAAUACUUGGAACAUAGUCAGAUUUCCUUUUAUCACAGAGUAAGUCAGUCAGCUCCUCUAUUAGGAAGAAGCAGUAGAGUAAAAUAAAAUGGAAAACUAUGCUAGAUGUUUGAAAUAUUAGUUAUAUAUUAUCUAUCAAGAAAAGCUAAAAUUUAGAGCAAUCGUCCAUACCCGCCCCAAUACCAGGACCAGGAAAAUAGGUAGUUAACAUUUGAGAUGAUGCCAGGAUUGCAAUCUCUGCCUUCAUUAUUGCUAUCCAAAUUGGGAAAAGAAGUACACCUAUAUAGAGAUGUAAAUACAAAUGCAUUUAUCUUUCAUUGAGUGUGAAAAAGUGCUUAACAUUACUAUUAGGAGGUGUCACGUCUCCCCCUGCCCCAAUCUGUUACUUUCUGGAUGUAAGUAUGAAUUGUGUACAGUCUGAAGGGGCAUCCUAAUAAGUUUCCCGUAAUAAAAUAGGCAUUAGAUGUCUUCACAAUACAACUAAAACUUUCAAGAGAGGUAAGAAAUGAAAAUAAUUUUCAUAGGAAUUCAAAACUAUAUAUUUGAGAUUUCUAUUUUAUAUGAAUAUAUGGUUUUAUAUUUAGAAGGUGACUGAAUUAGCAAUCAUAUUGAGAUAGGAUUCACAGAAUGAAGGUAUUAAAAAAACAGACCAGUUUAAAAAGAUUGUGUUUGCGUGUACAUGUACAGGCACAGACACACAUAAGUGUUACCUGCUGACCUAUUAUUAAAAAUACAUUCUCAAACUAGCAUUUAAGUUUUUUAAACACUUACUAAUUCCUUAAGGGAUCACAGGAAGAAAGAGAAUAAAACCUUCCAUUAUUCAGGUGGCUUUAUUUUGUCCUUCAUUUUUCUUAUGAUUAUCAUUCCAUUCAUUACUCCUAUAGUUCUGUACCUAAUUUUGUGAACAGAUAAAAGGGAAGCUUUCAGUUAUUUCUGCUCCAAAUUCUCUGGCCUAUUUCUGCCCUCAGAUUUUAUUGCCAAAGGCGUGAAGAUCAAAAGAUGCUCUUUGCUGAAGUGUUUAUUGCCUUGUAACAUACCCUCUCACAACAAAGGAGUUCAUUAUUUACAUCUAACAUGAAAGAAAAAGCUCCAAAGUAAAAGAUCUGCAAUAGACAGAUGUAAAUGAUAUCUUUUUCUCAUUCCACACUCAUGGACGUUCAUAGCAUUAACACCCAGUCAAUCUAAAUGUCCUUAAAGAGCAAAACAACAUAUCGUAGCAAGAGGAGACUCUCUGACUUUCUUGCACAGUUCCUUGGCUUCACCCAUACCUUCAAUCUCUCCCAACAGGGUGGUGACAUGGACUCACUUCACAAGUACAGAAAGACAUUACAACAGCCCAUGGAAACACGAACCAUUAUUUACACUGGAAAGGAUGAUCGGGAGCAGCUGUGCCUAGCAGUAGACAGCACUAGAGGCCUUAAAGAAUGCGUGCCAGAAAUAGUGAUACCCAGGGCUCAGCCCAAGAGGAAUUUCCAAGACAUAGUAAAGACCACAGUUUCCAGGACAUGAAGCACAGACAGCAAGACAAAGACCUUACUAGAGAGUCAGAUGCACUUCUUUCAUGUCCCCAGUCAGAGAAGCCACACAGUGGCAAUGGCCACCAAGCAGAAGACCUCUCAAGAGAUGACCUAUUAUUUCUCCUCAGCAUUCUGGAAGGAGAACUACAGGCUCGAGAUGAAGUCAUAGGCAUUUUAAGAGCUGAAAAACUGGACUUAGCUUUGUUGGAAGCUCAGUAUGGGUUUGUCACUCCAAAAAAGGUGUUAGAGGCUCUCCAGCGAGAUGCUUUUCAAGCAAAAUCUGCCCCUUGGCAGGAGGACAUCUAUGAGAAACCAAUGAAUGAGUUGGACAAAGUUGUAGAAAAACAUAAAGAAUCUCACAGACAAAUCUUGGAAAAACUGUUAAUGGUAGAGAAAUCCCAUAAGCAAACUAUAUUGGAGUUGGAGGAAGAGAAGAGAAAACAUAAAGAAUAUAUGGAGAACAGUGAUAAAUUCAUAAGCUUACUAGAACAAGAAUGUGAAAGAUUAAAGAAGCUGAUUGAUCAAGAAACUGAGUCCCAGGAGAAGAAAGAACAAGAGAAGGAGAAGAGGGUCACUGCCCUGAAAGAGGAGUUGACCAAGCUGAAGUCUUUUGCUUUGAUGGUGGUGGAUGAGCAACAAAGGCUGACAGCUCAGCUCGCCCUUCAAAGACAGAAAAUCCAAAACCUGACCACAAGUGCAAAGGAAACACAGGCUAAACUAGCCCUUGCUGAAGCCAGGUUUCAGGAGGAAAAGCAGAAGGCAACCAGACUAGAGAAGGAACUGCAAACACAGACCACAAAGUUUCAUCAGAACCAAGAAAUAGUUAUGGCGAAGCUCACCAACGAGGACAGUCAAAAUCGCCAACUCCGACAAAAGCUGACAGCACUCAGCCGGCAAAUUGAUGAGUUAGAAGAGACAAACAGGUCUUUACGAAAAGCAGAAGAGGAGCUGCAAGAUAUGAAAGAAAAAAUCAACAAGGGAGAAUAUGGAAACGCUGGUAUCAUGACUGAGGUGGAGGAACUCAGGAAGCGCGUGCUAGAUAUGGAAGGGAAAGAUGAAGAGCUCAUUAAAAUGGAGGAACAAUGCAGAGAUCUCAAUAAAAGGCUUGAAAAGGAAACAGCACAAAGUAAAGACUUCAAGCUAGAGGUUGAAAAACUUAAUAAAAGGAUUAUGGCUCUUGAAAAAUUAGAAGAUGCUUUCAACAAAAGCAAACAAGAAUGCUACUCUCUGAAAUGCAAUUUAGAAAAAGAAAGGAUGACCACAAAGCACUUGUCUCAAGAACUGGAGAGUUUAAAAGGAAGGAUCAAAGAGCUAGAAGCCAUUGAAAUUCGACUGGAAAAGACAGAAUUCACCCUAAAGGAGGAUUUAACUAAACUCAAAACAUUAACUGUGAUGCUUGUAGAUGAACGUAAAACAAUGAGCGAAAAAUUAAAACAAACUGAAGAUAAGUUGCAAGCUGCUUCUUCUCAACUUCAAGUGGAACAAAAUAAAGUAACCACAGUUACUGAGAAGUUAAUUGAAGAAACUAAAAGAGCACUCAAGUCCAAAACUGAUGUGGAAGAAAAGAUGUACAAUGUAACCAAGGAGAGAGAUGAUCUAAAAAAUAAACUGAAAGCAGAAGAAGAAAAAGGAAAUGAUCUCUUGUCAAAAGUUAACAUGUUGAAAAACAGGCUUCACUCAUUGGAAGCAACUGAGAAAGAUUUUGUAAAAAACAAAUUAAAUCAAGACUCUGGUAAAUCCACAACAGCAUUACACCAAGAAAACAAUAAGAUUAAAGAGCUCUCUCAAGAAGUGGAAAGACUGAAACUGAAGUUAAAGGAUAUGAAAGCUAUUGAGGAUGACCUCAUGAAAACAGAAGAUGAGUAUGAGACUCUAGAACGAAGGUAUGCUAAUGAACGUGACAAAGCUCAAUUUUUGUCUGAAGAGCUGGAACAUGUUAAAAUGGAACUUGCCAAGUAUAAAUUAGUAGAAAAGGCAGAGUCCAGCCAUGAACAAUGGCUUUUCAAAAGGCUUCAAGAAGAAGAAACUAAAUCAGGGCAUCUCUCAAGAGAAGUGGAUGCAUUAAAAGAGAAAAUUCAUGAAUACAUGGCAACGGAGGACCUAAUAUGUCAUCUCCAGGGAGAUCACUCAAUUUUGCAAAAGAAACUAAAUCAGCAAGAAAACAGGAACAGAGAUUUGGGAAGAGAGAUUGAAAACCUCACUAAAGAGUUAGAGAGGUAUAGACAUUUUAGUAAAAGUCUCCGACCUAGUCUCAAUGGUAGAAGAAUCUCUGACCCUCAAGUAUUUUCUAAAGAAGUUCAAACAGAAGCAGUAGACAAUGAACCGCCAGACUACAAGAGUCUCAUUCCCCUGGAACAAACAGUCAUCAAUGGUCAGUUAUAUGAGAGUGAGGACCAGGAUGAGGACCCUAGUGAGGAGGAGACUAUACUGUCCUUCAAAUGCAACUCAUCUGCUCCUCUUACUGUGAACAGGAAGCUAUGGAUUCCUUGGAUGAAAUCCAAGGAAGGCCAUCCUCAGAAUGGAAAAAUACAAACUAAAUCCAAUUGCAACUUUGUGCAACCUGGAGAUCUAGUUCUAAGCCAUACACCUGGGCAGCCACUUCAUAUUAAGGUUACUCCUGACCAUGUCCAAAACACAGCCACUCUUGAAAUCACAAGUCCAACCACAGAGAGCUCUCACUCUUACACGAGCACUGCAGUGAUACCAAACUGUGGAACCCCAAAGCAGAGGAUAACCAUUCUCCAAAAUGCCUCCAUAACACCAAUGAAGUCCAAAACCUCUACCGAAAGCCUCAUGAAUUUGGAACAAACUAUGUCCCCAGUUACCAUGGCAACCUUUGCCACAGCACACACUCCAGAGUCCUGUGGUUCUAUAACUCCAGAAAGGACAAUGUCACCAAUUCAGGUUUUGGCUAUGACUGGUUCAGCUAGCUCUCCUGAGCACAGACGCUCCCCAGAGCCAAUAGAAAUCAGUUCCAAGCAUGCAAUUUUCAGAGUCUCCCCAGACGGGCAGUCAUCAUGGCAGUUUCAGCGUUCAAACAGUAAUAGCUCAAGUGUGAUAACUACUGAGGAUAAUAAAAUCCACAUUCACUUAGGAAGUCCUUACAUGCAAGCUGUGGCCAGUCCCGUGAGACCUGCCAGCCCUUCAACCCCACUGCAGGAUAACCGAACUCAAGGCUUAACUAAUGGGGCACUAAACAAAACAACCAGUAAAGUCACCAGCAGUAUUACUAUCACACCAACAGCCACACCUCUUCCUCGACAACCACAAAUUACAGUAAGUAAUAUAUAUAACUGAUCACCUUCACCCUCAUCUAGUCUAUACUGAUAAUCUUGCAAGAAACUCAAUCCUUUUUAAAUCAUCCCUCCAAAUCCCCCAAACGACUGACUGAACUUGUACUUUGGGAAGGUUUCUGCAUGAACUAUACAAGAGUAUCUGAAACUAACUGUUGCCUGCAUAGUCCUAUCAAGUGUGCACUUACUGUAUAUCUUUUAAUUUACAUAACUGUAUGGAAAAUAUUUAGUCUGCACUUGUAUAAAUACAUUUUUGUGUAUUUCAUUUUCCAUAACUCACUUUAAUUUGACUGCAAUUUGUCUUGGUGAAAUACUUUAACACUAUAAAGCAGUAAAUAUUUUGUUAUUUUUACCA